ACACCAUAACCUUAUAUUAACGAUCUAAACCGCUUUACUCUGCACAGAAUAAUCUUCUUCCUCAUCAUACUCACUUCCCUUCAACGAUCCACACAAAAUGCUUGCGAUUUUCGACAAAUCCGUUGCUAAAAGCCCAGAGGGUCUCCAGACCCCUGAGUCAAACUCUGUUUCAGCCUUAAAAGACGGGUUUCUCCCACAACAUUUCUCAUCUGUUUACCCUGGUUCCGUCACCGUUAACCUUGGUCCUUCUGGUGCCUUGGCCUAUUCUCUUAAUCAACAGAACUUUCUCCUCCCAAGGCUGUUUGCGGUUGUGGAUGACAUUUUCUGCUUGUUUCAAGGCCACCUUGAUAAUGUUGCUAAUCUUAAGCAACAAUAUGGAUUGAAUAAAACCGCAAAUGAAGUGAUCAUUGUCAUAGAGGCUUAUAGAACUCUAAGAGAUCGUGGUCCCUAUUCUGCAGCUCAGGUCGUGAGAGAUUUCCAGGGAAAGUUUACAUUUAUUCUCUUUGACAGUGGCUCUAAAACCACAUUUGUUUCCGCGGAUGCUGAUGGGAGUGUUCCCUUCUUCUGGGGAACUGAUGCGGAUGGAAAUCUUGUUCUUUCCGAUGAGAAUGAGACGGUAACUAAGAGCUGUGGGAUAUCUUCUGCACCAUUCCCAAAAGGAUGUUUCUUUACAACAUCCGGAGGUUUGAGUAGUUUUGAGCAUCCACUUAAUGAAUUGAAGCCUGUACCACGGGUUGACAGUUCCGGCCAAGUAUGCGGUGCAACUUUUAAGGUGGAUGCAGAUGCUAAGAAGGAACCAACUGGCAUGCCAAGGGUUGGGAGUGCGGCUAACUGGUCUAAUAAUAUCUAAUUGCAAUUCUAUUUGUUUAAACCAAGACUUUUAUCUUAGCUGUACUCAUUGAAUUUUCAAGUUCUGGUUUUCUGUUCCCAUCAGACUGAUAAUGAGGCACUCUAAUCUAUUGAGACUUGGCUUAUCAUAUUAGUUUGCUGAACAGAGAUAUGGUUUGAUGAAAAUACAAGUUGCUUGGCACAUAUCAUGUAAUAAUAUUGACUUGCACUCUGAUUCAUCAUAAAGUGAAGAUUAUUCACUGUCUUAGCUUGAUGUUAUUUCAUUUAAGUUUAUCUAUGCCUCCUACUUAAACUGUAAUGUGAUGGAUAUUAUUAUGUAAGAAACAACUCACCCCAGAAAGUCAAUGACAAUAAAGUUUUGAAAUAUUCAGUUA